AGAAAUCCAGAAAAUUGCUACUACAAAGUGCCAUUUUAUAUGUCUAUAUGUUGUACCACAAUCAUCAAGAUGGGGAUAUGUACAGAUUCUCUUGUUUCUGUUUUUGUAGGACGUGAUUAUGAAAAAUCUAAAGUCUGUAAGGAUUUCACCAGUUUGGGAAAAGACAACUUCCAAUCAUUAUCACUUGUUCUAUACAGCAGAAAAUUUUCCAGUGGCACCUUUGAAGAGGUCAAAGCCUUAGUGAAUGAAGUUGUCUCCUUGGCAGAAGAGUGUUGUGAUGUGAAUGCUGCCCCUGACUGCUAUGAUAGAAGGACUACAGAAUUGUCCAGUAAGUCCUGUGAACAUGACGCUCCAUUCCCCAAACACCCAGAUACUCAUAAGUGCUGUGCCCAAGAAGGUCUGGAACGAAAUCUCUGUAUGACUGCUCUCGUGCACCCACCCCAAUUGUUCCCAACCUACAAGGAGCCAUCAAAUGAAGAAAUAUGUGAAUCCUUCAGGAAGAAACCCAGUGGUUUUAAUGAAAAGUAUUUAUAUGAAUACUCCAGCAGUUAUGGACAAGCUCCACUCCCACUGUUAGUAAGUUACACCAAGAACUAUCUCUCUAUGGUGAGUACCUGCUGUGCAUCGUCUGACAUCAAAGCUUGCUUUGCUACAGAGAGGUUUGAGAAUAAGUUCCUAACACUACUUACCACAUUGUCAGAUGAAGCCUGCUCAAAUUUUGCUGUCAAUGGAAUAGAGAAAACAAGGUUCAGCUACAUUGUCGAGUUUUCCCAAAAAGCACCAAUAGCUGAUUUAGAAGAUAUAGAACUAGUGGCUGAAAGCAUGACCAACGUUCUCUCCGAGUGCUGUGAUUCCAUCAUAGAGGACUGCAUGGCUAAUGGGAUUGCAGAAUAUACUGUAAGUGCUUGUGAGAGUUUAUCUGGCAAGGAAAAAGAGUUCAAAAAUUGUUGUGAAGAGAAAAACCGAAUGAACAUUUUCUUGUGCAUUUAUUCUAUGCCAGCUGCCCAACCUAGCAAACUUUCAGAUAAUCCCAGUAAUGAAAAAACAUGCAACACAGAAAACACUAACAAAAUAGAGAAAUACAUCUUUGAACAGAGAAGGAAACCAAACAUCCCAGAAGUAUUCAUCACAAGAGUACACCGCUUAUGUGUGGAAGCUCUGAGUCAAUGCUGCAAAAAUGAGAAGCCACAGGCUUGUCUGAAUUCCAGGAAACCAUUAGCAAGAAGUGAAAUUAUCCCAUUCUUAGCCAAGGGAGAAGAACUCUGUGAUGAUUACUCUCAACUUACUCUUACUGAAUUCAAAAAAAGAUUGAUGCUGAAACUAAAAUUCUUCUGGCCACGACUCAUGUCUUUUGACUUCGGAACAAAAUGGUAAAUGGACCCUGAAGACCAGAACUGAAAGGAAUUUGCUAAGCUUUUGGAAGAAACAGCAUCAAUUUCCCUCCCCACUACACAGCAUUCUCCCCAGAAUCACAGAAAUGUAAUGGAUGUGCAAAUAAAAACAAUUGAUAUGAUUUGUAUAUCAAAGGAAUAUUAUAAAAAGUGCUGUCAUACCAAUGACCCCCUGGUCUCUGAGAGAUUAUUAUUUAUUCUUUUGCUACAGAGACAAUAACACAAAGGGUCCUGCCCUAAAAAUACGGGUUUCCAGAGGGCAGAGAUA